AUCUGAAGAUAGGCGUUGAGUAUUAAAGAGGGAGUGGCCUCAAAGAAGCGAGGCGAUGCGCGGCAACUCAGACCUCUCGCCAACAGCUGGAGGACAGGGAGAGCAAAGGGCAGGCGCCGCCUACAGUUGCCAGACGCUUUACGGUGACGCGACAGCAGUGCGUUGACGCGCUGAUGAGCCGCGGCCUCCACGUCUUAGGUUCCGCAAAGGCCUGUGGGAGCGACCCGGGAGAAGGAGGGCCAAGAUGGCGAAAGCGGCAGAGUCUUCGGGAGAGCCGGGGACAACGUCGCCCAGGCCCCUGUUUGCAGGCCUUUCUGAUAUAUCCAUCUCACAAGACAUCCCUGUGGAAGGAGAAAUCACCAUUCCUAUGAGAUCUCACAUUCGGGAAUUUGACAGCUCCACGUUAAAUGAAUCUGUUCAGAAUACUAUUAUGCGUGAUCUAAAAGCUGUUGGGAAAAAAUUCAUGCAUGUUUUGUAUCCAAGAAAAAGUAAUACUCUUUUGAGAGAUUGGGAUUUAUGGGGCCCUUUGAUCCUUUGUGUGACACUUGCAUUAAUGCUUCAAAGAAGCUCUGUAGAUAGUGAAAAGGAUGGAGGGCCCCAGUUUGCAGAAGUCUUUGUCAUUGUCUGGUUUGGUGCAGUUACCAUCACCCUCAACUCAAAACUUCUUGGAGGAAACAUAUCUUUUUUCCAGAGCCUCUGUGUGCUGGGUUACUGUAUACUUCCCUUGACAGUGGCAAUGCUGGUUUGUCGGUUGGUGCUUUUGGCCGAACAAGGACCAAUAAACUUCAUGGUCCGGCUUUUUGUGGUGAUCGUGAUGUUUGCAUGGUCUAUAGUAGCCUCUACAGCUUUUCUUGCCGAUAGCCAGCCUCCAAACCGCAAAGCCCUCGCCAUUUAUCCUGUUUUCUUGUUCUAUUUUGUCAUCAGUUGGAUGAUUCUCACCUUCACUCCUCAGUAAAUCAGGAAAUGGAAAUUAAAAACCAGUGAAUUGAAAGCUCGUCUGAAAGAUGCAAUUUACCAUUGAGCUUUGCCUCUGGCCCUCUUUUGUCUAAUUUUGGAGAUAUUUUGAGAUGAAAGGGGAGCCAUAAAGCACCAUCAUCAUUUAUGUAAGGAACUGGUGUUUGAAAGAUUGUCCUUUUCCUCUUAAUGUCAUUUCUUGAAAAUACAUAGUAUACACAGUAUAGUGCUGCCUUAAGGCAUGAUAGGGUCACUGUGGUCCAUUUGAGUGACAACCAAUGAUUUGGAAAGCACAUGGAUACAUCCUGCAAGUUGAGUAGAAUUAGUAACUGUAUUUUCAGUUUUGAGAAUACCAGUUCAGGUGCAGCUCUUAAAUACAUUGCCUUAUGACUAUUAGAAUAUGCCUCUCUCUUCAUAAAUAAGAAUUGAUAGUCUGUAUCUGUUUCCUUUUAUUUCUCUCUUAGGCUUAAAAAGGCAAUGACAGAGGUUGGGAAGGGGGUUCAUAACUGGGUAUGAGAAAACAUGCAUCAUGCAUCAACCAGUGUUCAGAUUUUGACGGGAAAAUUCUACACUUGUUGCUUUUUUAAAAAGCAAAGGACAGCUAAAGAAUUGGCUUCUUUAGUCUUUCCAUAUAGUCACCUUUCUGCCAUGCUUAACAGCACCUCAGUGACACUCUAAUUUUUAAUCUUACCCCCCUAGCUCUGAAUAUGCAAACUGUUCACAGUUACCAUAUUAUUUUCCUUUGAUUAAAGCUCUCUGUGGACCAGUGCUUGAACUUAUCCAGGUGGAAGACCUCAGAAAUUUAGACUGAUAGGUCCUUCAUGCAUAUUAUCACGUGGGCACUUUGUUCUUAAUAGUAGGAGGUAGUUUGGAUACAGCAUAGCUCUAAACAAUUAUUCUGUGUAGUCUGGCCUCUAACUAGAAAGUAAAGCUAAAUCAGAAGCCUGCACUUAACCAUGUGAACAUGGAGGGAUUUAGUGUUCUGAUGGCUGGUUCACAAAACAGCUAGAUGCUUAGAGCAUGAUGUAGGAUGAGUUGGGUUUACAGCUGCCACCUUUUCAUAGUGGGCUUAGCAGUUUUUUCAUUAGAUGUGCUUCUCAGAUUGGGGAAUAGCAAUUUAUUUUCUUGGUUUUAGACUUUAUUUGUAAAGCUAAUUAACUCUUCUUUAGACAAGUACUUUUUUUGCAUGUGUGCACCUGCUUGUAUUCUCAGCUAUUUAUACACACAAGUGUGAGGGCUUUUCAGGAAGCAGAGUGUCUGGAAAGGCUGAUUUCUAAGCUAAACUGGCCUCCUUUCAGGUAAUAUGAGCUACUGCCUUCUAUAAAUUGCACAUUGAAGAACUCUUAAUAGACAAAAGAUUAGGAGUCAGCAGACAGCAUUCACUGUAUAUACAGUUACUUAUAAAGAUAGGAAUUUAUUCCACAUUUUUUCUUUAUCAUGGAAUUUAAAUAUUUAUUCAUUUUGUAUCUAAAGACUAUCUACACAUAGAUAUAUAAUUUUAAAAACGUAUUUUCUCCAUUCUCAGCUUAACUAAGAACAAUACUAGGACAAAUGUGUUCUUGGAGUGAUAUUAAAUUACAGAGCGUUACAAAGUUGGUUCCCUCUGUCCCAGCCUUGUCCUGAGUUUUUGUUUAUGUCUUUAUUUCAGCUUCCCUUCUAAAUUUUAAAAUAAAUCUUGUGAGCACAAAGCCAAUGUUUCAGUCUUGAAGUGUUAAAGAAAAUAUUUUGAAACUGUUUCUGACUGGUCCAAAAAUAUCAUCCAUUUCCAUUGUCUGAAAUUUUCUAACUUCUUACCAAAAACAUCUCUCUUCCAAAGUUAUUUCAUACUCUGUCCCAAUGGUUAUAAUGUAAAAUUAAAAAAAAUAAUAAUCCUGUUUCUCAAAAGGGAAUUAUCUGCUGGAUUUUAUUAAGGCUAAAUAUUUUGGUCAGAAAUUUUUAGGGCCACAACUGGAGUAGGGGUUGUGUGUGUGUGUGUGGGGGGGGGGGGUUAUACAUAUUGGGUGUUAAGGCAGCUUGUUCUAUUAACCUGUUGCUCUUUGGUGACUUGAAGAAUGGUUUUAUUUGAUUUAAAUGAAAGUGGGUAAAAUGGAGAUUAUCUUUCUCAAAAUGAAUGAUCAGUUUUGUGGCAUAAAUUAUAUUUUCUUAAUAUAUGAAAAAAAAGUGCAUUGCUUUCUGUGGCAGAAGACCUGAUUAUCUGGAAGUUGUAACCCUCAACACAGCUUUCCCUGAUUUGCUGCAAAGGCACAUGGCUAAUUAUAGAAAGAAAAAGACUAGAAUAGAAGGGGAUUUUAACAAAGGAAACCCUGUUCCAAGAAUUGGGAAGUUUCAUGCUUUAGAUGAAACUCAAGUGUGUGAGCAUCAUUACCAAAUGUGGUGGAUCAUUGCCAAGUGUGGUGCAUCACUACUGUUGUGGCUUAUCAUUUGCUGCUCUUGCUUCUGAGAUUGAGCCUCCACUGUCAUAUUCUUUAGCAAUAGGAAGGGUAAAGACUGGAUUUAAUCGCUGUUCAGAUUAUAAAAACUCAACUGAUGCAAAUGUAUUUGUGCCAUGUAGUCAUAAAUGUCAGUCAUACCAUUAAUUUUCAAGUCUUUUGCAUCUUAAAAGGCUUAUUACAUGAAUUCAAUUGGAUCUUUUUAUUGUGAUGGGGGUUUUGUUUUGUUGGGCAAGGUGGGCUUGUCACAGAGCAUGGGACUGGUAAGCAUUUAACUGUUUACUAUAUUUGUCUUUUUAUAAAGUAUUCCCCAGAUGUGGUGAGAAGGUUAGCAAGACUGUAUAUGAAGAUUUAAUUGUAUACUUCUUAUAAGCUAACUACUUACUGUACCUGGACUUCCUGUUUAUUCCUGGAGAUGAAAAUGAAAAUCUCCUGUCAUUUGAAAUCUUUGGGUAACAUCAAAUCAUUGAAAUUUAUCUGAAUGCUAUCAUGAUAUGAUCAGACAUCCAUUGCAUGCAGCUGUUCUAUUCCAUGUAAAAUACUGACAUUGUUAUUCUUUAUUAGACUGUUAAUUUCUGAGACAAUUUGGAUAGAAAUAAAUGUGUGAAUGUUAAUAUAUGUAAAUUAGAAAUACUUUUCUAGAUUCUGUGGGCUUUUAUUGAAAGUAAAGAAUUUCUAGUGAUUUACUCAGGCCAUAGGAUGGCCAUAUAAUAAUAAUAACAGUAAUAUUACUACUAAUAAUGGUUAACAUUUAUUGGACACUUACAUUGUGCCAGGCAAUAUUCUAUUUUUUUAAGAAUUUUUUUUAUAACAGCUUUGUUGAGAUAUAGUUUACCAAAUUCACCCUUUUAAAGUGUUAUACAAUUCAGUGAUUUUUCAGUAUUUUCACAUAAUUGUGUAAUUAUCACCACUCUCAUCUUAGAACAUUUUCAUCACUUCACAGUAAAAUCCCAUAUCCAGUAGCAGUCACUUCCUCUCCCACUUCUCCCCAGCCUCUGGCAAUCACCAGUAUGCUUUCUGUCUCUGUGGAUUUGGCCAGGCACUAUCGUUAAGUGCAUUUUAUAUAUCUCCUUUAAUCCUUAACAUAAAAUGCUACAGUUCUUAUUUUACAAGUAGAAAACUGAGUCACAGAAAGUUAAGUAAAUUGCCCGAGGGCAUGCAGUAAAUUGAUUUAAAAUAGGAAAACGUGGGGUGCCUGGGUGGCUCAGUUGGUUAAGCAUCUGACUACUGCUCAGGUCAUGAUCUCAUAGCUCAUGAGUUCGAGCUCUAUCUUAGGCUCAGUGCUGACAGCUCAGAGUCUGGAGCCUGCUAUGGAUUCUGUGUCCUCCUCUCUCUCUGCCCCUCCCCUCUUCACGGUCUUUCUGUCUCUCAAAAAAUAAAUCAACAUUAUAAAAUUUUAAAAAAUAAAGUAGGGAAACACCAUAGAUGGGAGCAUAGUAUGACACAGUUUUGAAUUGCAUUGUUAUGUACAUGAAAUGAAUGUACCCCUUUCCCAGGGUAUGCUCCCUGUCAUUAACCAUUAUACCCUACAACUGACUAGAGAUAGAUAGCUCAUUCUUUUUUUCCCCUGAGUAAUCGAACACUAUAUUAGCAUCUGAGAAAAACACAAGAGCAGGCGUACAUUGGAGUUAGGUUUGCUGCCCCCUGCACUUUAAAUCCCUUUUCUCUCCCUUCUCCCCACCAGCACACACACCCCUCCCCCAAAUUCCCAGUCUUAAAAGUCAAACGGACUUCUGCCUCUUUCAUUUUAAAUCUUCCAUAGGGAUGUUUAAUGCAUCAAAAUUUAACCUGUUUAUUCAGGUGUUUUUAGUCCUCAGAUGCAUCUAGUCACCUAUAGUACCAUUUAUAUUUCUAAGACUUCAGAAAGCAGUACUGUGAGAAUAAAAUCCUUUUUUAUUUUGGUUAAACUAGGUGGGGAAAAUAACAGUAAGGGCACUGCCUUAAUGAAGUCAGUGGUUCUGCCUGGUAGGACGUGGCCACAUGCUGCUAUUGCUCACUCUGUUCUCUUUAUUUCAGAACUUUUUAAACUAUGCCAUCACUGCUGGUAAUUUCUUGGUCCUCUUUAGUACUCCAUUUCCAUCCUGAUCUUUCCUAUAAAUAAUGAACCUGUGGAAAUAAUAAAUCUGUAAAAUGAUUUGUGAAUGUUAAAUGUGCAAAUAAAAACACUGGAAAAGGA